AUGUCCGAGCGCGCAGCUCUUCUAAUCGGCGCUCUCGCCCACACAAGGAAAGAAUGGGAAGAAGUCGCACAGGUUGCGUCGAAACUGCAUGAGUACACCAAGGGCGACCGUGCAGACUUCAUCAAGAGAUGCAAGGAUGGUGAAUUCGACGGUGUGUUUGCUCUCUACCGCAGCAAUGAUUCCAAUCCUCUCACUGGAGAUUUCAACGAGGAGCUUCUGGACGUGCUACCAAAGAGCUUGAAAUUCGUCUGCCACAAUGGCGCCGGUUACAACAACAUCGAUGUAGCAGCGUGCAGCAAGAGGGGCAUUCAGGUGUCGAGCACACCGAUCGCGGUUAACGAUGCUACCGCCGACGUGGCAAUCUUCUUGAUGCUAGGUGCACUCCGCAACAUCAACCAGUCGCUCCAGGCAGUAAGACAAGGCAAAUGGCGCGGCAACUUCGCCCUCGGUCACGACCCUAAGAACAAAACACUCGGUAUCUUGGGAAUGGGCGGCAUCGGUUCAGCGGUCGCAACCCGCGCGAAAGCAUUCGGCAUGAAGAUUCAGUACCACAAUCGCAGACGGCUGCCUCCCAACGAGGAGAAUGGCGCGACCUACGUGACCUUCGAAGAGCUGCUGAAGACAUCAGACGUUCUUAGCCUGAAUCUAGCGCUCAACCCCAAGACGAAGCACAUUAUCGGCAAGCCGGAGUUUGGCCAGAUGAAGGAUGGCGUCAUAAUAGUGAACACUGCGCGAGGGGCUCUGAUUGACGAGGCGGCGCUGGUGGACGCGUUGAAGAGCGGCAAGGUCUGGACAGCCGGGCUAGAUGUUUUUGAAGAGGAGCCCAAGAUCCACCCAGGGCUGCUGGAGUGUGAGAAUGCAGUCCUGCUUCCGCAUGUUGGAACAGCGACAUUUGAGACACAGCGCGAUAUGGAGCUACUAGUGCUGGAGAAUUUGACUUCGGCAAUCAAGGAUGAAAAGCUGAUAACGCAAGUGCCGGAGCAGAAAGACAAGGCGAACUUGUGA